CGAAGGCUCCAGCAUCUUCCCUCCUCGCACAGUCAUCCCAGACGGCCUGCAAAAUGUGUGAUGCUUUCGUAGGCACCUGGAAAAUGGUCUCCAGCGAAAACUUCGAUGAUUACAUGAAAGAAGUGGGAGUGGGCUUUGCCACCAGGAAAGUGGCCGGCAUGGCCAAGCCCAACAUGACUGUCAUUGUCAAUGGGGAUGUGAUCACCAUCAAAUCAGAAAGCACCUUUAAAAACACGGAGAUCUCCUUCAAACUGGGCCAGGAAUUUGACGAAGUCACUGCAGAUGACAGGAAAGUCAAGAGCAUCAUCACCUUAGACGGAGGUGCCCUGGUACAGGUGCAGAAAUGGGAUGGGAAGUCAACCACCAUCAAGAGAAAGCGAGUGGAUGAUAAGCUGGUGGUGGAAUGUACCAUGAAAGGCGUCACUGCUACCAGAGUUUACGAGCGAGCAUAAGCCGAGGGACAUUGAACUGGAUGGAAGUUUGCAUCGAACUCUAUGACAUUCUGUUGUCCAAACAUAUAUUGCUGUUUCCCACUAAUUAGCAAGCAACUAAUUUCCCCCCAAUCUGAUUUUACUUAAUGUGGUUGUGUUGGUUAAAUAAAACGUUUUAGAGUUAGAA